UAUCGUUACCGUCCCACUUGAACUUAAGUUAAACUUGCGCUUGCCCAGCACUGCUAAUCGCAGUCGCUCCGCUCUCAUAAAUCACGCCGCACAAGUAGACCGCGCUCUGAAUUGUUAUGCCAUCUGGUGGCCCAGUUCUCGUUCUUAAUCGAAAUUCCCGGGGAGAGAAUGGCAAAUCUGUGCGGUUUGCCAACAUCGAAGCUGGGAAAACCGUUGCUGAUUUAAUCAGGACCUGCCUUGGUCCACGUGCCAUGCUUAAAAUGCUAAUGGAUCCUAUGGGUGGUAUUGUUAUGACAAACGACGGUAAUGCCAUACUGCGUGAGAUCACAGUUGAACAUCCAGCUGCGAAGUCCAUGAUUGAGAUAGCGCGAACUCAGGAUGAAGAGGUUGGCGACGGCACUACUUCUGUCAUUAUUUUGGGUGGUGAGAUGUUAGGUGUUGCUGCCCCACUUUUGGAAAAGCAAAUACAUCCCACAAAGAUUAUCGCUGCUUUCCGUAAGGGGCUGGAUGAUAUCCUGAGUUCUUUGCGCGAUAAUCUCAGCAUUCCUAUAGACAUUAAUAAUAAAGACGAGAUGAACAACCUAAUAAAAAGCUGCAUUGGAACCAAGUUUGUUAACCAGUGGUCUGACCUAGCGUGUCAAAUCGCCUUGGAUGCAGUCAGGACUGUUACUGUGGAUAGUGACGGACGUAAAGAAAUCGACAUCAAGCGAUAUGCAAAGGUGGAAAAAAUACCUGGAGGGUCGAUAGAGGAUUCUCAAGUUCUGGAUGGCGUCAUGUUCAAUAAAGAUGUGGUCCAUCCUCGAAUGUCUAGAAAAAUCGAGAACCCUCGCAUUUUACUUUUAGAUUGCAACUUGGAAUACAAGAAAGGCGAAAGUCAAACAUCAAUAGAAAUUACUUCCGACAAGGAUUUCACACGCGCUUUGGAGAUAGAAGAAGCAUACAUCAAGGAGAUAUGCGAUAACAUCAUCAAGUUCAACCCUAAUGUUGUUGUAACAGAGAAAGGCGUAAGCGAUCUUGCGCAGCACUUUCUUUCCAAAGCCGGGAUAUCCGUCAUUAGACGUUUAAGAAAAACGGAUAAUCUGAGGAUUGCUAGAGCUACUGGCGCAACCAUAGUCAGUCGACCCGAAGAAAUUAAAGAGGACGACAUCGGUACAGAGGCAGGCUUGUUCGAGGUCAAAACUAUCGGCGAUGAAUACUUUACUUUCAUAACUAAGUGCAAAAACCCAAAAGCGUGCACAAUUUUGCUGCGUGGCGCCAGCAAAGAUGUUCUCAACGAGAUUGAACGUAAUUUACAAGAUGCGAUGAACGUCGCUAGAAACGUUGCGUUAGAGCAGCGUUUGGUGCCCGGUGGCGGAGCUAUUGAAAUGGCUCUUGGUCAGGUACUGACGGAAAAGGCAAAAUCGGCCGUAUCUGGUGUGCAACAAAUGGCCUAUAUGGCUAUGGCUCAGGCUUUCGAAGUAAUACCACGGACGCUGGCUAAAAAUUGCGGGGCAAAUGUUUUGCGGCUUAUUACUGAAUUACGCGCCCGCCACGCCAUGGAUCCUGCAAAGUACUGGACACUUGGAGUUGACGGUACUUCCGGGCAGUUAGCAGACAUGCGGGAGUUAAAUGUCUGGGAUCCCUUGGUAGUCAAAGCCCAAACAUUCAAGACAGCUAUCGAGACUGCUAUCCUGCUGUUGCGUAUUGAUGAUGUUGUCUCUGGCGUAAAGAAACAAAGUGGGGAUUCUCCGAGCUCUGCCCCGGCUACCGAUUAGGUCUUCUCAGUGAGAAUCAUUAGUUCUGUUAAAAUAAAUGCAUGUACCCACU